AUGGUUUUGAACUACCCACAGAGAGAAAUUAAAGAAUCUUCGUCCAAGGACAUGGCACCUACUUCCUCGUCGAUGGACAUUUGCUCACGUUCCGAUGCACAAGCAGAGGAAGACAGAGGUUUACUUGACCCUCACCUCUCAGUGCUAGAACUGUUAGGUAAGACAGGCCACUCACCCUCUCCGAUGGGACAAAGCUUGGUUACAUCCAUCGACAUAUCCGGCCACCAAAACGUGAACGAUAGUAUAUCAGGAUCAUGGCAAGCCAUUCAACCUUUGGACUUGGGCGCCUCUUUCAUCCCAGAAAGAUGCUCUUCUCAGACGACUAAUGGAAGUAUUUUGUCGUCUAGUGAUACUUCUGAGGAAGAACAAGAGUUGCUCCAAGCGCCCGCUGCUGAUAUAAUAAACAUCAUUAAACAGGGACAGGAAGGUACAAAUGUUACAUCGUCGUCUCAUCCCUUCAGGCAACUGCAUAAAGUAAUAUCAUUGCCAAUCCCUAGUAGAGAAAAGACACCCUAUAAAGAGCAAGAUAUCAAUGAUGACGAAGAUGGGGCUUAUGAAGAAGAUAGUGUGACCAUAACAAAGAGCUUGACAUCUUCAACGAAUUCCUUUGUUAUGCCCAAAUUAUCACUAUCACAAAAGAAUCCAGUUUUUCGUCUUCUGAUACUAGGAAGAACUGGUUCCAACUUUUAUCAAUCAAUACCAAAAGAAUAUCAGUCUCUUUUUGAACUACCGAAGUACCAUGAUUCCGCAACAUUUCCACAAUAUACAGGUAUCAUUAUAAUUUUCCAGGAGCUGAGAGAAAUGGUGUCCCUACUAAAUAGGAUUGUUCAAUAUUCCCAAGGAAAGCCUAUAAUACCGAUCUGUCAACCAGGUCAAACCAUUCAAGUGAAGAACGUUUUGAAGUCAUUUUUAAGGAAUAAACUCAUCAAACUUCUGUUUCCUCCCGUAGUUGUAACCAAUAGAAAAGAUUUAAAGAAAAUGUUUCAAAGAUUACAAGAUCUAUCCUUGGAAUAUGCAGAAGAUGAGAACGAGGAAGGCGAUGAUGACGAAACUACAAAGUCCCGAUCCUACUAUCGUUAUAAAAAAGCCAACAACUCAAAAAGGAAAUCUCCCAAAUCAAAUAAAAAACCCAAGAAAAAGAAGCAGAGAUUCUUCACAAGCUGGUUCACGUGGGGCAUUUCGAUUACUAUAGGAAUAAGUUUCGGAUGUUGUGUAACAUACUUUGUCACUGCAGCAUACGAUCAUCAAACAGUCAAAUCCUUAAGUUUACGGUCAUCUCUACUGACUUCUAUGCUUUCCUUAGAUUCUUCUAGCGACACGGUCAAUACCCCCGCCACUGCUUCUCCCUCUUCAAGUGAGCAUUUUUUAUGGUUUGAUAAGGGUACUCUUCAAAUAAACUUUCAUUUGGAUGGACUUAUUAUGAAAAGUCUUUCCGUUAUCAAGGAAACUUGGGUCAAAAUGAAUGAUUUUGUCUUGCACGCUCUAUCUCGGCCUUUAAGUUUUUUAGAGAAUCUGAAUAGAAGCUCUGAUUUUUCCAUUGAUGAAUCUAAUCGGAUUUUAGCACUUGGUUAUAUUCUAUUAUAA